CUAACAGAAUAUCUUUGUGAAGGUGACUUGGGAACAUAUCUAUUAUCAAAACGGUGUACAAGUGUGGAUCAGAUGAAACACUUUGCCAUGCAGAUCAGUAGUGGAUUAUAUGAAUUACAUGAGAAUGACUUCAUCCACCGUGAUCUGAGACUGCAGCAUGUCUAUGUCGGCUCAACUCAAGAGGGCGCUAUUCAGGUUAAGAUUGGUAGAUUAUGCCGUAUCAAACAAAUACCAGUAGGAUGUAUGACACAUUUCUGUCAAAUGGAACAAGAUUCCCUACAUUGGUCUGCACCUGAAGUGAUUUCUUAUGGUGCGUACUCCAAAGCCAGUGAUGUCUACAGUUUAGGAUGUGUACUAUGGCAACUAUAUCUACAUUAUGAUGCGGCCAAAGAGACACCAAUGCUUAGAUUGAUACCCUACUGUACAGUCACACACAGUAAGGUCCUAGAAAGUAUAAAACAGCGCAAGUUUCCUGGACGACCACCGUCUUGUCCUAUGUGGAUGUACGCUCUUAUACGAAAGUGCUGGUCAUUAUCACCUCAACAUAGACCUGAUGUAGCGUCCAUUAUGAGGGAUAUUGUCCAGGAAUAUACAAAUGGUGACAAUCUUCAAUCUCACAGUAAUCUGAACGAGGAUCACAUUGCUCAUUACAAUCGUCCAUUGCCAUUGUUACCUGAAUCAAUGUCUGAUAAAAAAUCUGAACCAAUCUAUGAGACAAUACCAGCUAACAACUGUGAAGAAAGACUUCUUUCUACAGAAUCUAUCCCGAUGUCUUGGAUUUGUGCUGAAGCUUCACCAAGCAGCCAUGAUAACCAAUAUUUGUUGCCAUGUGAACCACAUUAUAACACUGUACCAUGCAGACCUGCACCAUUACCAGGUAAAAUCACCAGGGCUCAAAGUUUACGAUUAAGAAUGAGAAUGAGAAGAAUGGCAGAGAGAGCCGUCAAUCACCCCAGUGAGGAGGAACAUUAUCAAAUCCCAAGACAAUUUAGUAUCCAACGGACAACAUCAAAUGAAACAGGUAUCAUUGAUGCUGGACAGAUUAACCCCAAGCCACCAGGUGAUGCACCAAGACGUCCUUACAAGUCUUCACAGUCCAGGGAUCUACAGAGAGAGUGCAUACAAAUGAUGAAAAAGUAUGCACCACUGCCAUCACCACCUGAGAUUCAAGACACUGAUAAUCCAUGUAGUGUACCUGCACACUCCAGGGAAUUUGCAAGGAGUGUUUAUCAAAACUACCAACCUCAUUAUGAGAAUUUACCCUUUCAGAAUGAAUGGAUGAACUACAAUCAGCCAAUCAACCAAUCACAAAUCAGUAAUGAACAACCACAUAUAAUCAGCUGUGUUGCCCAUGAUAAAACAUUCAUACGACGCCAUUCAUAUGAUGGUGCAAGUUUAGCACAUACAGGCUACCAUAAAGGGCAUUUAUAUUACGAUAUGGAAAUGUCAUCAGCUACACCUAAAGUUUUCAACAGAAGUUAUAGUUACGAUGCAGUGACAUCAUCAGAUAUUGCACAAGAUACAGUGACAUCAUCAGAUAUAACACAAGAUAUAGUGACAUCAUCCAAUACAACACAUGAUCAUUUCUGUAAUGUUACUAAUGCAGAGGCACCUGUGUCUAUUGCUAAAAUAAAUCAUCUUCCACCACAAUCCCCUUCAAAGUCAACAUCUCAGAGUUCAUCAAAGCACAGGUCAUCAUCAUCUGCCCCUACAAAAUUGAAAACUGGAUUUUUACCAUCACCCAGUGCUCUCAGGCGGUCACUGCGAAAGUCAUUGCAAAGAUCGCGAUCACGAACAAAUUCUGAAAGUAACACAAAAUAA